UACCCAAAUCCAACCUCUUCGUCUUCGUUGUUCGUUAUAGUAUGAUUGACGUGUUCAUCAAAUUAUUAUAAUAAAUUAUUUAAAUUUUCUAUGUGUUUCUAUUAUUUUUUUUUUUUAAAGUGUUAAUUUACAAAAGGGAAAAUGGCCAAGUUUCCCGAUGACUAUAGGCCCAAUCAUUUGUGUAUGCCCACAAAUGUGAGAAAAACAUUUCAAUCAAGAUUUUUUUAUCCAAACAUGUGUCACGUUUGUCAUUGCCUCGAGUCGGAAACAAUUAAAUUAAAAAGAUGUAAUAAUUGCAAUAUGAUAUCGUAUUGCAGUAAAGAACAUCAACAAGAACAUUGGUAUUUGCAUAAAGAAUUUUGUCGAGUUGUUGCAAUGUUUUUAAAAUUCAAUGGAACAAACAAUUUAUUUGGAUUUAUGAAAUCACUCAAGGAUCCAGAUGAACGUUUCAAUGCAAAAGCAAUGCUAUUGAAUAUGUUGAGAAAACAAAUGAAUAGGGAUCUUUAUGAUUUUGAAAAACAAAUGAUUUUAUAUCCAAGGAUGUGUGAAAUUUGCUUUGAAACAAAUCCUGAUUUACUUGUUAAUUGUCAAUUUUGUCCACAAGCAAGUUUUUGUACAAUUCAUAGUAAUAAUAAAUCACGACACAAUGAGAUAUGCUUUUUUUAUGCAAUUUGUUAUACUUCGGAUUUUUAUCUUUUUUGCGACGAUAGUUGUCGAAUAAUACCAUCAAUGAAUUAUGUACUCUUUCAAGAGGAUGAAAAUUUUAUAAUGCCCGAAAAUAUGUCAAUAUUUUUACAAGAAUACAUCACGGGAAUUCCACUUAUUUGGAUGGAUUUGACAAAAUUUGAUUAUUGGAUUUAUGUUUGUUCGGAUUUUUUUUCUAAACCUCUUACAAUGCUUUAUGCUUUACAACAAUUGAACUUUAAAGUGAAGUCGACAUUGACUAUUCAUAUUAUAGGUUUGGCAUCGUCAAAGGAAUACGAAUUUCUCUCCAUGGAAACUAUUCUACAUUUAUUGACGCAACUAAAGGCUCUCAAUAUUAUUCUAAUCAGUCCAAGUUUGAUUGAGCGAAUUGAAGAAACAAGUCAACAAGUGAACGUAUGCAAUCGAUGUGUCGAAAAGAAAAAGUGUUUUUCAAUGACUGGUUAUAAAAUGCCCUAUUCGUCUUAUGUUAAAAGCAAAUCUUUCAAAACUCCUGAUAUAAUUAUUUGCUAUGAUCUAGGAGAUCUCAAAUGCCAAUUGUGGGAUCAAUCCCUCAUGGAAAUGAAAGAAAUUUCUGCUCCAUUUCUCGUGACAAAUAAUACACUACCGAGGGCAUUGAAUUAUCAAAAAAGAAUGGAUGAUCUUUUCAAUUAUCUUACAAGUGAUGUGCACAUUCAAAAAAAUCCUUUCUCAUCAACGUGGCCCUAUAGAAAUGAAAUUGAUAAUUUGUUGAAUUUACAAAACAACUAUUUUUCAGUGUACACUUUACACAACAUUGACAUAGACGAUCAGGCAAAAAAUAAGAAGAUGAAGCAGGUGCAAAAAAAUCAAUCUGAUGAAAAUAUUCACAAAGAAGAAAAUGAAACACAAAAAUCUUCAAAUGAACCAAACACGAGGGAAGAAUUUCCAAGUACAUCAAAUUCAAAUCAAGAUGUCGAAAAUUGUGAUUCAGAACAAUUGAAGAAAAAAAGGAAAAAGAAAAAAAAGAAUAAAAAAAUCAAUCAAAGUCCUGAUGUUUCAAGACCGGCAUCGUCGAAUAAUAAUUAUGUGGCGCCUGAAAUUCCAAACGAGACACCAUCGAAAAUUGACGAAUCUCCGCCAAAUGAACAAACGGAAAUUGUCGAUUUAACUUUUCAAUUAUCUGCGACGAGUAUUCAGGAAAAUAAAGAAGACAUUGUUGAAGCAAAAACUGAUCAAGUUAAAAAGAAAAAAUCCAAAAAGAAGAAAUCAAAAUCUGUUCAGGAAUCUAAUGUAGAAAAUAAACUCGAAGAAGCUAAAGUUGAAAAUAAAAUUGAAGAAAGGGAUAUUAAAAGAAAGAAAAAGAAGAAAUCAAAAAAACAAGCAUCCACCUCCAAAAAUAUUGAAUCAGAUGAUGCAGAUGAUAGUAGUUUGAAGAUAAAAAUUGCUCAUUCUGAUUGCGUUAAUGAAGAUUCAUUGCUAAAAAUGGAAUUAUUGGAGGCAAAUAAAGCCGGUUCUUCAACCACUGAAGGAAAUAGGUCACAAUAUCUUUUUGGACCAGCACCAUGUGAAAAAACUCUCGAACAAUUAGUGGAAGAUAAUAAAAGACUUUUUGUAAAUGUCGAACAAAUUGCUGAAGAAUAUAAAAUGCUCAAAAUCACUGGUAAACAAACAGCAACUUCCAUGUUACAAGAAAUGGAAUGUCUUCGUAUGAGUUUAGAAAAUAUUGAAGAAAAAAUAAUGACCAUAUUUCCUGGUGAAUUUGAUAACAAAUUUUCAUUUGCAAUUGAAAAGAGAUUUUUGUUAAAAAAAAAAAAUAUGUACAAACAGGAAGAUCUUUGUAGAGUGUUGAAAAUAAAAGACUCAUCGACAGCCACGUGCGUUGAAAAAUAUGCAUUUUCGUUCUUUUUUUCGUAUGCAAACAUUUGUCAAGUUUGUUUCUCUCAUGAGAGAGAUAUACGAUUAAAACGAUGUACAAGAUGUAAAAUGGUGUUUUAUUGUGGUAAAGAACAUCAAAAAGAACAUUGGUCAAUUCAUAAAGAAUUUUGUCAUGUUGCAACGAAAUUAUUGAAAAAAAUUGGAGGAUCAAAUCUUUUUGAAAAAAUGAAAACCAGCGAACAACAAAUACGACUUGAUUGGAAAAAUUGUCUUGUUGAUUUCUUUGAAAAUGAGCUAAAACGAAAACUUAUACCCUAUGAGAAAUCAUUGAUUUUCUUUCCAAAACUUUGUGCUGUUUGUUAUGAGAGUGAUGUAAAACAAUUAAUGUUUUGUUAUAAAUGUCCACACGCCAGUUUUUGUAAAAAACAUUUAAAUGAUGAGACACAUUUUGAAAAUUGUCAAUUAUUUUCCCAAGGAUUAUUAUUAAAUGCAAUGGGAAUAACUUUUAAAGCUGCGCCUGUUCCAGGUGUCAUUAAAAGUGUUCCGUAUAAUAGAAAAAAAGUUCAUCUUCCACACGAUAUGCAAGAUUUUCUCGAUUACCAUUGCAAAUGCAAAAAAUCAAUUUUAAAUGAUUUUAAACGAAAUGAGAUACAAAAUUAUAUGUCUGAACAUUUAACAAGACCAUUGACUGUUAUUUAUGCUUUAGAAAAAAUUCGUCAUCCCAAUGAACAAAUAAUGACAAUUCACGUGAUUGGUGCGAAUAAUUAUGAGGAAGUGAGUCAAUCAUCGUGGGAAGUUUUAUUUCAUUGGUUACCAAAUUUAAUUUCAUUGAAAAUUGUUCUAAUUGGUCCAGAAUGCUCGAAUGUGAAUAAUCAAAUUCAACUUUGUAAAAUUUGUGUUGGAAAUUCGCGAAAAUUAUUUGUCGAAUCACAUGGAUUACUUUAUAAUGAUUAUUGGAUGAGUGAUAGUUUCACAAAACCAAAUGUCAUUGUUGCUUUUAAUGCAAGUCUCAAAAUGUAUAACACGUGGAUUGAAUCAUUGCAAUUGUUGGCAAAAGUAAAUUGUCCAUUUAUUUUAACAACAUACAGUAAAAUAGAAAUUGAUUCCGAUCAUGAGAUAAUGCUUCAAAUCUUUGGUCAUGUGGCGCGUUACACAUUUAGGGGAAAAAAUCCAUUUGCAAGUUUAAGGCCUUAUCGUGAUGUUGUCAAUACAAAUGUAUUUUUUCGUAAUACCGGAAUAAUGAUAUACACAAAAUUGGGACAAAAAGCCAUAAAAACAAAUUUAACUGGAUUACUUUUCAAUAAUGAGAAUGUUGAUUUGAAAAAUGUUGUCGAAAAAAAUACAAACCUCGCUGUACUCAAAAAUAUUUUGAGGCAUUUCCAAUUCAAAAAACUUGAGAAAAAGGAGGAGAAACAAUGUCUAGAAUUUUUUUAUCAUACGAUAAUUAUCAUAUUGGUAAUUUUUAUUGUUCUGUUUUUUUGUCAUUUCUAUAGAGCCUUAUUGUUAUUAGAAGUUAAAAAAAAAUUGAUAGCGUUUAAAACGCAAACAUUUUAUUUUUAAAUAUUAUUUAAUUUAAAUAAUACAAGUUUGAAAAUUACAAAAAAAUUUAAAUAUUACGUAAUAUUUAUAAAAAAAAAAGAUGCAAAUUUUAAACACGUGUCAAAGAAAAUAUGUAAGUGUUAAAUAAUUUUGCAUGUAUAAAUGUGCAUAAAUAUUUUCAAAUUUAAAUAAAAUAUAUUUUU